CCCUCUUUUCUUUCUCUAAUGCUCGGGUCCAUUCUUGUGAUCACUCUAUUUCUAUAUAUUUAGCGCGCGCGCACCCAGGAGUAGACAGAGACAUAGGGGUAUUUUGUGUAGUCAGUUUUAAUCAGAUACGCCUUGUCGUUUUCUGUUUCUGUUUCUUCUCUUCAAUUCUACAACAGUUUCUAGCCCUUUCUUUUCAGAGAAGGCAAAAGAAAAAAAGAAGAAGAAGAGUUUUGGCUCUUGGAAUCAGAUGUUAUCUGAUAGGGAUUAAAUCUUAAUCAAGAAAAAUAACCAAGAAACUAUCCUUUUGCAAUUCCAAGAAACUAUUGCGGUUAAAGCGGUGGUGGCGAUCAGUGUCAAAAAAUAAGAAUGGUGGGUGGAGGAAAAUUGAGGAGUGAAGACUUGAACCGAUGCUUUGAGAAGCUGAUGAUGGCUGGUGCUGCAGGAAAUACUGAGGGUAGAGUGAAAAUGGAAGGAGUAGUCAUUACUGAAUGGAAAGAUAUUCCUAUGGAGCUUUUGCUCAGGAUUGUUUCUCUUGUUGAUGAUCGCACAAUCAUUAUGGCUUCUGGUGUUUGUAGUGGAUGGAGGGAUGCUAUUUGCUUGGGCCUUACUCACCUUUGUCUAUCUUGGUGCAAGAACCACAUGAACAACUUGGUUCUGUGGUUGGCUCCUAAGUUCACAAAACUGGAAACUCUAGUCCUGCGCCAAGAUAAGCCACAACUUGAGGAUAAUGCUGUUGAGGCUAUUGCACGUUAUUGUCAUGAUCUGGAGGACCUGGACCUGAGCAAAAGCUUUAAGCUUACUGAUUGUUCCCUAUAUGCGUUAGCUCAUGGUUGUCCUAACCUCACCAAACUUAACAUAAGUGGAUGUACAUCAUUUAGUGAUGGUGGUCUUGAAUAUCUUACUGGGUUUUGCCGAAAGUUAAAAAUUUUGAACCUCUGCGGAUGCGUAAAGGCAGCAACUGACCGUGCUUUGCAGGCCAUUGGACGCAACUGCAGUCAGUUGCAGUCUCUGAAUCUGGGAUGGUGUGAGAAUGUGGGUGAUGUUGGAGUAAUGAGUCUAGCAUAUGGAUGCCCUGAUCUCAGAACUCUUGAUUUAUGUGGCUGUGUCAAUAUAACAGAUGAUAGUGUGAUUGCUUUGGCAUACAGGUGUCUCCAUCUGAGAUCCCUUGGCCUAUACUACUGUCGAAACAUUACAGAUAGAGCAAUGUAUUCGCUGGUCCAUAGCCGAGUGAAAAACAAACCUGCAAUGUGGGAAUCCGUGAAGGGCAGGUGUGAUGAGGAAGGGUUAAGGAGUCUUAACAUCAGUCAGUGCACAGCGCUCACCCCUCCUGCUGUGCAGGCACUAUGCGACUGUUUUCCUGCACUUCACACCUGCUCAGGGAGGCAUUCCCUUGUUAUGAGUGGCUGCUUGAACUUGACAUCUGUGCAUUGUGCCUGUGCAGUCCAGGCACACCGCACAUUCAGAUUCAUUCCUAAUCCUGCUCAUUGAGCUGGGUAGUAAGUUCAAAAUUUUAAGUGUGUUCAGGUGCCCACUGGAAGCACUAAGCCUCUGUAGAUACAUCUUUGUGUUAAACUGGACUCUCUGGCUGGAAAUGAACAGCCUUUUUGUUGUUGGAAGUAUGGUGUGUAUAGUUGUCAACUUGUGCUACCAGCUCUUGGUUUCUGAAUCAUGCAACACUUCAGGCGAUUCGAAAACCAAGUUUGUUGUUCAAUGCUUGUCUUUUAUGGUUAUGGCUUUUAUGCCAAAGAAGAGAAGUAAUGAAAAAAUAAUCCUUCUAGAUCAA